GUCCGUGAGGCGACGGCGGCGGGAGGGAAGAGCGGACGGACGGUCGGUCCGUGAGGCGGCGGCGGGGGGAGGAGCAGCGACGCAGCUAAACCAUGACCCGUGGUAAUCAACGAGAACUUGCUCGUCAGAAAAAUGCUAAAAAAUCAAAUGAUGGUAAGAAGAAAAAGAAGGACGAUGGUUUAUCUGCUGCAGCCAGAAAAGAGAGGGAUGCCCAAAUAAUGCAGCAAAAGCAAAAAGGAAAUGGAGAUGGAGAUGAUGGAAAUGCUGAUGGAGCUCAAGCGGGUACUUCGAACUAACCCGCACGCUCCUCUGAUUCCCUGCCCGGCUGUCCUGGAUGGGUGCGUCUAACAAGCAACGAGACUUUGUCUUUGAAUACUGAACAUCGUUAAUACAUUGGGUUCCGGUACUUCAGAAAAUUGCAUUGUUGUAUCUUUCCUAUUGGAUUAUGCCAUGUUUAAUGAUGAAGGGAGACGUCUGGAUUGGAGGGUUGUUACUGAUGCAGUGUUAGACUGUAUGCUAAAGAGGAGCUUUUUCUUCAUGAGCAUAAUUCACUAGGGCUAUUCUAAUAUAAACAGAAAAGGUGCUUGCAUUUGGAUUUAUGUGACCAGCCUUGUAUUUUUGUAUCAAUGCUACCCCUCUAAAUUCUGUUUCAAUAAAGACAGCAUUUAAGUUGACAAAGCUGGGUUUAGCUGCUUGACUUUAAGUUGUCUUUAAAGCUUUGCCACUCUUGAAGCAUCUUUAUCCUCCCUUCAGUGAGUGAGUCAAAAACAGAAGGAAACCAGUUCUCAACAUUCAUCAAGUUUCAGGUUUUCUAGUGGUGGGUAUUAUGAAAUAUCCAUUGAUGUUUUUUUAAGGAUUUGCCACUGGUAUAAACAUGAGGGCUGCAUGCUUAUCUGUUAGCUGGUGCAAAGAGUGAAAUGUUCUAUGCCUUGCUCAGAAUUCCAAUCUUUUUUCGGCAGAGUAGAACUAUCUUGAAGUGUCAGUGAGUGGAAUUGGAGAUGGGAAAGUGGGUAAAAGUGUUGGAAAUUAGAGAUUUGCCUUCCAUCUAAAUCUCCCUUUGCAUUGGGUAUUUAAUGUGGGCUCUUGCCACAUUUUGCAAUUCAUUUCUUCAGUAGGAACGUGCACAUGUUGUCAUUAUUUGGAGUGAUCUGCCUGAUUUAUUAUCUGGUGUAAUGUGACAUUUAAGACACGAGAAGACCUCUCGAAGCCUGGAAAACCUCUCGAAGCGUCACCCAGUCAGAUGACAUCUCACUGAUCUGAACUAUGGUUAGGAUAGGUACUUUGGAAAUGGCUUAUUGAUCAAUUUGGACCCCUUGUACUUAAAAAAAAAACAUUGAUUAAAGCAGAAAAAAUAUCUUAAUGGACAAACUUGGGUGGAUUGACUAAUUUUUAUAAAGUAAUAACUAUCACGCUUCAAUUUUUGCCUGCUAUUGUGAUGCACGUGAUCUAUGAUAGUCAAAGCUUGGCAGUAAGUUGAAUUUAAUUAUAUUUCUACCACAAGUUGCAGAUUUUAGGUUCAACUGCAGCCAAGUUUGCCGAUUUAACCGCAAGCCCCUUUCCUCAACAUUAGCACAAAACCUGUUUGAUUUAUUCAGUUGAUUACCAUCAGUAUCUCUGCUAUAAUGCCCUGUAUAUAUUACUAUAAAAGAGAAUCUUGAAGGACAUGACCAAUUAUUUUUUUCUUCUUCUGUGCAUUUGUUCCAUCGGUUCAAUAAGGUCCAUGAAAGGUAACACAAAAAAAUAUAUAGCUUCCUGGGUCAGGAAAGUGAUGUGGGUUGUUAUUUUCUUCAAUCUCCUUGGACUAAUUGUCUAAAAUGUGUUCCUAUGUAGUUAUUGACAAAAUUAAUGAGUGAGGUUAAUGCUCGUAAUUCUUGCUAUAGAACGAGCAAAUAUGUUUGGGCUGAAGAAUGAAGCACAUCUUAAGUCAGAAUGUAAAUAUUGCAUUUUAAUCAAGCGUUCAUCUUUUGACCAGGUUGAAAAAAAGCUUGUGGUCAACUGUCAGGACACUCGCUGAAUUUUGGGGGGGAUGGAAUGAGCGAGCCAGAAUAUCUGGGUUUUCAGUUAGUAAUUUCCUUGCUGCACUGAUCUUUUGUCACCUGACUAACGUUGCUCAUUUAUAAGUGUAUAUUAAAAUCUUUUUUGUAUACUGUA